GAUGUUGUUGCUUACAAAAUAAGUCGCUCGGCGGACUUCAAUCGAAUCUGUCGAAAUCGAAUUUUUUUGGAUUGAUCACUUCAUAUCAAUGAUAGAUAAUAAGAUAAAAUUUAAGAGAACGUGGGAGAACUAUAUCGUUCUUACUUUAACGGAACAUCGAAUGAAAUCGGACAUUAGCAUAAAAAGGAGAAGAGGAAGAGGAAGACGAGGAAGAGGUGAAAGACACGUUCAUUCCAUGCGUGUGCGAACUAUUUCCCUGUCGUCCCAUGGAACAACGCGCAUGCCAUGCCAGUCUGGAUCGCGCGUAUUUAAGGGCUGUUGCUUCGGGGUGCUCGCCACUAUCACUGCAAUCAUCGACUCCACGAGUUGCUCGAUACAAGAAUACGAGAGACGAAUCAUCUCGCGAAUAUAACGACUCUCGAAAUUUACAAACGCCGGAAAUCAUGAACUCGAUGAUUAAGAUCGUCGUCUCCGUCGCCGCCCUGUCGAUUUUAUUCGGAGAAAUUUUCGCAAUGCCACUGGCCCAAUGUAGUCCAGGCCUCCUCGACGAAGUACCACCUAAAGUACGAAAAAUCUGUGCAGCUUUAUCCACCAUAUAUCAAAUUCAAUCUGCGAUGGAAAGUUACGUCGGCGACAAAGUUUCAGUUCUUGAAGAGAACAACCCGUUACCAGGAAGCGGAGUUAAGAGACAAGACGUCGAUCACGUCUUUUUACGUUUCGGUAGACGACGCUAACCUCCAUCGAUGAAACAAUCUCCAAAACGAUAAAAUAUAAAUCUUCUGUCCUCAUCUGUGAAUCUCUAUCGUUGUCGAAUUAUGAAAUAAUAAAAAUAAAAUUAAACCUUACGGUCUUUACGUUGGCA